AUGAGAAAAGAGAAUCAAACAUCAGAUCAGAAGAACCCCAAGAAGAGGGGACUCUAUGACUUUGGAGGAGAUUUUGGAGGUUUAGAGUACGGAGGAGGUUAUGGACAUGAUCAUCCAAAAACCAUCACCAUCACUAAAAAAGUACCAUAUCCGGUACCCCACCCCGUACCUUAUCCUGUCGUGAAGCAUGUUCCAGUACCAUACAAAAGUCCUCUGGUGCUUGUCUUAGCAUGCCUGGUAUUUGCCUCUGCCAGUCCUGGAACAGAAACGAAAGCCGAGGAGGCACAAUCGAAGGCCUCCUCAGUAGCAGCUAACAAAAAAGACAAACGUGGACUCAUAGAUCUUGGUUAUGGAGGAGGUCACGAACUAGGAGGACACGGACUUGGACUUGAAUCAGGAGGACAUGGUUUCGACUUCGGUGGACAUGGUUUGGAAAUUGGUGGACACGGAUUGGAACUUGGAGGAUACGGUGGAGGAUACGGUGGAGGAUACGGUGGAGGAUACAGUGGAGGAUACGGUGGGGGAUACGAAGGACUAGGCCAUGACAUUGGGCACGUGAAACAUGUCACAAUCACCAAAGAGAUCAAAGUGCCAGUACCUGCACCUUACCCAGUACCAGUGGAGAAGAAGAUUCCAGUGCCAUACCCUGUCAAGGUAGCAGUACCAGUAGACCGUCCUUACCCAGUCCACAUACCCAAACCAUACCCAGUGCCGGUGGAGAAACCAGUACCAUACCCAGUCAUCAAGAAAGUACCAUACCCAGUGAAAGUUCCUGUCAAGGUACCAUACCCAGUACCUCAUCCAGUUCCUGUACUGAAACCAGUACCAUAUCCAGUUCACAAGUCAGUGCCAUAUCCAGUUAAAGUACCCGUUUACAUCGAGAAGAAAGUGCCAGUUCUUGUCCACUCUCACGGACAUGAAGGGUACGGUGGAUUGCAUGGAGGAUUCGGAGGAGGAUUUGGUGAUUUUGGUGGUCACCACUAUUGAAUGAAUUGUUGAUGUUAUUUCUGUUGAAAUUUGAUUGUUAUUUAUUAUCAGUAUUCUUGUUGUACUAAUUGAUCUUCAUUUCCUUCAGAACUCUUAGUCGAAUUGAUCUAUGAACUAUACUUGUC